AUGACGGUCGACGCGCACUCCACGGUUGACGCGCACUCGACGGUCACGGACAGUCACUCGGCCGGGAACGGGACCGAGUCAUGCUACGUGGCUGAUUUCCUUGGGAUGCACCAUGAGUCGCACGAGGGCGCGCUUUACUCGGUGUACAAGUCGCUCGAGUGGGGCUGCUUCCUGAUCUCCAUCGGGCUGUUUGUCUUCUACCUGCAGCAGUACCGCAAGAAGACGGCCGGAUGGGAGGUUAUCUACAUCGCCUUCAUCGAGUCGUUCAAGUACAUUUUCGAGAUCUUUUGGCCCCACAACAAUCCCGCGCAGCUGAACAUCUAUGGCGUCAACAAGAGCGUCCCAUGGGUUCGCUACAUGGAGUGGAUGAUUACCUGCCCUGUGAUCCUGAUGGCGCUGUCCAACAUAUCGGGAGAGGAAGGUGAAUACACUCACAGAUCGAUGCAGCUGCUGGCGACUGAUCAGGGCGCCAUUCUGUGCGCAAUCACCGCGGCCGCGUCCGAGGGCGCGAUCUCCGCCGUCUUCUAUGCGAUUGGCGUCUGCUACGGCAUCUGCACCUUCUACUUCUGCCUCCAGAUUUACAUCGAGGCCUACUUCACGCUCCCCGAGACGUGCCACAGUGCCGUCAAGUGGAUGGCCGUCAUCUUCUACGCGGGGUGGCUGUGCUACCCCUGCUUCUUCCUCGCCGGCAGCGAGGGCUGGGGCAACCUCUCCUACGAAGGCUCUGCUAUUGGCCACUGUAUCGCCGACCUGCUGUCCAAGAACGCGUGGGGCGUGAUGCACUGGUGGAUCCGGUGCCAGCUGGAGGAGUACAAGCACACGCACAACGGGCAGCUGCCCCACUACUCCCUGGAGACGCGCGCCAAGAUGCGCGCGGAGGCGGGCCACAUCAUCGCGGGAUCCCUCGGGUCCGUACUGCACGUGGCAGGCCACCAGCACCACCACUUCCACUUCGACGAGGACAGCGGCAUGCAGGGCGCGCAGAUUCAGGGCCAGCCCUUGGCUCAGGCCAACGAGCGCGCCAACCUGAAGGCGUCUCUCCUCAACGGAAACGCCGUCAACUACAACCAGGCCGUUCAGGCUCAGCCCCAGGCGUUCCAGAUCCAGUCCGGCGAGGACGGUUACGUCAUCUCCAUGAACCAGGGCGAGUCGUCCGCGAGCGGGUCGCGCAGGACCACCCAGAACAUCGAGGGCCCCAAGAAGGACCCCGUCGCGUCCGCCUUCUCCAAGGCGCUCGGCAGCAUGAAGAGCAAGGUCACGGAGCACUUCACGAAGGACCUCCCCCCCUCCGCGCGCCCCGACUCGCCCUCCCGCCGCGGCUCCGCGCGCGGGGGCGCCGACGCGCCGACCGCGCAGCCGCAGCAGAGCAUGAAGAUCGACCUCAGGGAUUUGGCGAACAACCCGCAGCUGCAGCAGCAGCUGAGCAUGAUGCUCAAGGGACAGAUGGCAGGUGGUUACGCUCUGAAGACUGACCUCAAGGAUCUGGCCAACAACCCGCAGCUGCAGCAGCAGCUGAGCAUGAUGCUCAAGGGACAGAUGGGUGCAGGCAACUCCAACACCAACCAGGGCAGCAACAACGGCAGCCCGCGCGCGCGCCCCGUCUCCGAGGAGCUCGCGCAGCCCGCGCGCCUCCAGAAGGCCCAGAGCGCGCGCGCGACCAGCAACCUCGACGACGAGAUUGAGGAGCAGGCGCCCGCGCAGAUGAGCCGCCGCCCCAGCGCGCGCGUACCGCGCGCGACCGCCGCCGCCGACGAGGAGCAGGCGCCCGCGAGGACCCUGUCGCGCAAGAUCAGCCGCGGGGAUGGAGGUGAGCCCGUGAGUGAGGAGCGCCUGCAGAAGCGCCCCAGCUACCGCGCCGCGAAGGCGGCCGCGGAGGCCGCCGACGAAGACAUGACCGACGCGCCGGCGCCCGCGCUCGCGCGCCGCCCCAGCGCGCGCGCGCCCGCCGCCGACGCCGACGAGGAGACCGCGCCGGUACGCACCGCUUCUCUGAGGCGCGCCGGGUCCAAGAGCCCAGGGAACAGCCUGCCUUCCAGCCCCAGCCGCAGGGUUAGCAGGGCUAACUCGCUGAGGGCCCCGGUUAGCGCCUCGGUGCUGCUGUGCGACGCGGACGGCGACAUGGGCGACUUCUUCCUGGACCAGUUCGCGGCCGUGCCCAACUCCAAGUGCAGCGUCAAGGUUGUCGCCACCCCCGACGAGCUGAUCGACGCGCUCGCGACCGGGCGCGCGUACGACUUCGUGAUGGUGCCCAAGGGCGUCAUCACCAGCGACCCCGAGAUCAGCGAGGAGAUCCGCGCGCACGCGCAGACGCCGCUCGUCGCGUUCGGGCCCGCGCUCGAGGGCAUGGCCGUUGCGGAGGUCAAGGCGCACAUGUUCGAGCUUGAUGUGGACGAUUACAUUGGGCUGCCCAAGAGGGGCCAGGAGUACCCGGUGGAAGACUUGGAGGCCCUGGUGUGGAAGUACAAGAAGGUGGCUGACGACAGCAACUAG